AAUCAUCUCUCUUCCUUCCUCCCGAAUCUCAGCAUGUAAACAGCGCCAAAAAGAAUAGAGGGGCGUGGCUUCGCCUCGGGGUCGCAGCGAUUUGUCGAAACUUGGGAUCUCCUUUGUGUCUCUAGGGCAAGCGUAUUCCUUUGCUCCUCAUGGGAAACAAGAGGAAGGAGAAGAAGAGCAAGAAGCACAAGGGGAAGAUCAUGGGCGAGCAGGGACUGGCGCUGAGCUACGUCCACGACUGGGUCUUCCGCAACCCAUCCGACGACGCCGCCGCCGCCGCCGACGACCAAGGCUUCUUGCCGGCGGCGGCCCGCAAAAUCACCGAUUCCGUCGUUUUCGAGCUCCACUGCCACUCCAACCGCAGCGACGGCUUCCUCUCCCCGGCUGCUCUGGUGGAGCGAGCCCAUCGAAAUGGGGUGAAUGUUCUUGCCCUUACUGACCAUGAUACGAUGGCUGGCAUAUCAGAGGCUAUGCAAACAGCCCAGAAGUAUGGCAUAAGGAUAAUUCCUGGUGUCGAGAUAAGUGCUGUAUGCUCUCCUAGAAGGGAAGAAGCAGGAAUCGGUGAACCUGUCCAUAUCCUUGCAUACUAUGGAAGCUCAGGGCCUUCUAGGUACGAGGAUCUGGAUAAUCUGUUGUCAAAUAUCAGAGAUGGACGGUAUGAGCGUGCAAAGAAUAUGUUGUUGAAGCUAGCUAAGUUAAAAGUUCCUAUUAAGUGGGAGCAUGUCGCCAAAAUAACAGGGGAAGGUGUUGCUCCAGGACGAGUACAUAUUGCUAGAGCAAUGGUUGAAGCUGGUCAUGUUGAGAAUUUGAGAGAAGCUUUUAAUAGAUAUCUUUACGAUGGUGGGCCUGCUUAUGCCUUAGGAACUGAACCAUCUGCAGAGGAAGUGCUGCAAUUGAUUCAUCGCACUGGGGGUAUUUCUGCUUUGGCUCAUCCAUGGGCUUUGAAAAAUCCAAUUGCUGUUAUCAGAAGCUUGAAUGCUGCUGGCCUUCACGCCAUGGAGGUAUAUAGGAGCGAUGGGAAGGCUUCUGGAUAUGGCGAGUUGGCCGAUACUCAUGAGCUUAUAAAGAUUGGAGGAUCUGAUUAUCAUGGAAGAGGUGGUCAUGAUGAAUCUGAUCUGGGGAGUGUUAGACUCCCACUCAUAUCUAUCUAUAGGUUCUUGAAGGUGGCUCGACCAAUUUGGUGCAACGCAACUAAAGAUAUCCUUCAGAACUUUGCAGAGGAUCCUUCCCAUACUAGUCUGGAGAAAAUCAUGAGGUUUCUGAUGCCCAAUAAAUUCAAAGGGUUUUCUACUGCUAAUAGUGCUAAAGACAUUGUCGACCUAUGUGUAUCGUCUUGGCUCAGUAAAGAUGAAAAGGAGGAAAAUGACUUUGAUGAGAUCCGCCACAUGCUUGCAGACACUUUUAUUAGCAAUUGCUCAGCGCAAAUGUCUCUUUACUCUAGCAGAUAACUCAUGGUAAAUAACUUAUGCCAUGGGUGAUCAGCCACCUUGAAGAUAAUGUUUCUUCACAAGAAAACUAUACACUCUUUCGGCAUUUAGCUGAUACUGGCAGUAUCCUGAAACUUGUAUGAUCAUCACAAAGGCAAAUAUUUAUAUUUUUCCGGCAUUGGUGAUACUCUUAUUAUCGUUUGUUUUUCAACCAUCUUUGAGGCAUCUGAAGUGUAGAUAAUGUGUUUUUUUUAUAUGUGAACUGUGAGCAUGUAAGAAAGAUAAAACCAUAGUUGCUCUUUGCCUGAUUCUUAA